CCGGUUCUUAACCACAGCAGCAGAGUCGAGAGUGACUCAUGGAAUUGAUAGAACUCCCCUUGUCCCCUCUUCCACUGUCAAAUCCGGCCGACAGCCCCGGAAGAAACCCAAACGAAAUGGCAAAGAAAGCUCCGAAGUCCCAAAAGUCUCUCCCACCUUCAGCCUCCGCUGCUUCGGGAACUUCCAAAAUAGCGUCGCAUGGCACAGCGUUGAAGAAAAAAUCGGCGGAGAAGACGAAGAGGGUGAGGCAGCGGAGCAGAGUGGUUGAGAAUGAGACGAUACCCGGACAGGUAAAGAAGCCCAAAACAAAAUCCAAGAAGAAAAGUAAGAAAGUGGACGCCAAGAAGCCAAAGAAGCCACCCACCGCUUUCUUUUACUUCUUGGAGGAUUUUCGCAAGGUAUAUCAAGAAAAAAAUCCAGAUGUCAAGUCAAUGCGCGAUAUUGGAAAGGCUUGUGGAGAAAAAUGGAAAGGAAUGACUUACGAGGAAAAGGUUCAGUACUAUGACAUAGCCACAGAAAAAAGAGCAGAGUUUGAUAGAGCUAUGGCAGAUUACAUAAAGAGAAAGGUAAAAUUGUUUUUGCUUGAUUUCUCUCUUAGCUUUACUAAUAAAUGGUAUCGGGUUUUAUAGAGGUUACCAAUAUUGUAUGAAAUGUUUUUAAAAAAUUUCAUUGCAGGAAAGUGGGGAGGACCAAGAAUCUGAUUGUUCAGAAUAUUAGUAGGAAUGUCUUAUUGUACAAGAAAGCCAUUCAGUAGGAAUCAGAUUAUGUACUUGGGGGUCAACAGUUUUGUAUAUUAAAUUAUGGUGUGAUUCAUCUCCUUCAUUCAUUCAUUGGCAGUUGAUGGCGUUCACCUUGCAUCCCCAGUGAACUAGGGAUCCAACUGGCUUUGUGAUUUCCUAAGUAAAUAGCUUAGAUUUUCUCUCUCUCUCUC